GCAUCAUGGACUGGAAGACGCUCCAGGCCCUUCUGAGCGGCGUGAACAAGUACUCCACGGCCUUCGGGCGCAUCUGGCUGUCGGUGGUGUUCGUCUUCCGUGUACUGGUGUACGUGGUGGCCGCGGAGCGCGUGUGGGGUGACGAGCAGAAGGACUUUGAUUGCAACACCAGGCAGCCCGGCUGCACCAACGUCUGCUACGACAACUUCUUCCCCAUCUCCAACAUCCGCCUCUGGGCGCUGCAGCUCAUCUUCGUCACAUGCCCCUCGCUGCUGGUCAUCCUGCAUGUGGCCUACCGCGAGGAGCGUGAGCGGCGCCACCGCCAGAAGCACGGGGACCAGUGCGCCAAGCUGUAUAGCGACGCGGGCAAGAAGCACGGCGGGCUCUGGUGGACCUACCUGCUCAGCCUGGUCUUCAAGCUCCUCAUCGAGUUCCUCUUCCUCUACCUGCUGCACACCCUCUGGCGGGGCUUCGAGAUGCCGCGCCUGGUGCAGUGCGCCAGCGUGGCCCCCUGCCCCAACACCGUGGACUGCUACAUCGCGCGGCCCACGGAGAAGAAAAUCUUCACCUACUUCAUGGUGGGCGCCUCGGCGGUCUGCAUCGUGCUCACCAUCUGCGAGAUCUGCUACCUCAUCUUCCACCGGAUCCUGCGGCGCCUGCACAAGAACGGCUCCUCCCGGGGCCGCGGCCCCACCUCCUCCUCCAGCCGGGCCUCCACCUGCCGCUGCCACCACAAGCUGGUGGAGGGUCCUGACCCCGGCAAUGACAAGUUGCAUGCUUCGGCGCCCACUCUGACCCCCAUCUGAGUGCGUGCUGCCGCCCCCGGGGACACUGGGGCUGCCGACAGGAAGGUUUUGCACCGGUGGAGGGGUCCUACAGGGGCUUUGAACUCACUAACC